AUGGACUCGAUACCAGGCGAUCGAUAUAUUGGCGAGUAUGCCAGGUGGCUGCGCAUCCACGAGUCCAAGCUCGGCGAUGCUGCGGCUUCGGCCGCGGCAGCCAAGAGGAACGCAGCAGCCAAGUCAGACCCAUCUGUGUCUUCGCUCUCCUCAACAUUCUGGAACGUAGUCAGCCUCGGUACCGCCGGCGUCUCCUCCACCGCACCCGCACCAGCCGCUCGACCCAUGCUGCUGCGCCAAAACCCGCACAACCUCUUCUACCUGCUGAUCCGCUUCGAAGAGCUCUCGCUCCCCGUCGGCUCCCUCGACACGUCCAUCCCCUCCUCCGCCCGCCCCACCUCCUACUUCUCCUUCGUCUCCGCCACCCCUUCCUCCAAGCGCAUCGACGACACCAUGUCCAUCAGCUCGAUGCGCAGCCGGAUCAGCGUCGUCUCCUCCUCCCUUAACUCGUCGCUCUCCUGGUUUUCCGCUUCCAAACCAGACCCAACCCAAGACCUCAAGUACAUCUACUCAUGCUUCACAAAGAUCCCCAGUUUGAGGCUAGGUCCUGUGCCGCCGAGGAGGUUGGUGCAGGAUUUCGAGGACUGUCCGGGUCAGUCGGCGGUUCCGUUGGAUGUGUUUCGGAAUCUGCAGAUGCUGGAGUUGGACGAGGUGGAUCCGAGGACGUUGAUGGGGUGGGAUAGGGUGUGUGUGGGGUUGAGGGGGCUGACGUGUAGGAGGAGUGGGGUGGAGGAUCUGACGGGGUUGGUGGUGGGGUUGGUGGCGGGGGAUGCGAGGAGGAGGAGGGGUGAAAAGGUGGGUGCGAAAUCGAGCGGGAUGGAUUUGUCCGCUUCAACCACGACUGCUACCGAUACAGAUACCGAAGACAAUCUUCCGGGCAGUGCAGAAGCAGCAUUAACAUCGAUCCCCGAUCCGAUCCCUACCUUACCCCCCGACCUGCCUUCUUUCGCCUGGCAUUCUCUUCGCUACCUCAACCUUUCCUCCAACGCGCUCACCUCAAUCCCUAUCCUCCCCCUCCUCCCGCUCACCUCCUUGACGCAUCUCGACCUCUCCUCCAACCUGCUCAACUCCAUCCCCCCGAGUCUCUCCCACCUCCCCUCCCUCACCUCUCUCAACAUCUCGGACAACCUCAUCGACUCCGUCCUGGGCAUCUACCACUCCAUCCCACACAUCACCGUUCUCAACCUCUCGCACAACCGACUCGAAUCGCUCUGCGGCGUAGAGCGCCUUUUCGCACUUCAGAGGAUCGAUCUUCGCCACAACUCGAUUUACGAAGCAGGGGAGGUGGGGAGACUGGCGGUGUUGAAAGGGUUGCAGGAGGUGUGGGUCGGGAGUGGGAAUGCGUUGGUGGAGGAGUAUGUGGAUUGGAGGGUCGAGUGUUUUGUCGAGUUUGCGAGGGAGGGCAGGGAAAAGGCGGUGAAAUUGGAUGGGGAGGGGUUGGGGUGGUGGGAGGCGCAGAGGGUGAGCGAGAGGUUGCCAGCGGUGAGCGGGAAGGAGGGAGAAGGAGGAGGGAGGAUGAGGGGGGAGGAGAUGGAAGCACAGCUGGCCAAGGAUGUUGCGACGACCAGCGGGGUGGUGAGGAACGUGAGGCGAGCGCAGAGCAGGGUGAUGGAGACGGCGAGGGGGAGGGGAAGUGAUCUGUUGGGGGUGGAAGGUGCAGGGUCAACGUCUAGAUCACGGUCCGGGUCACGCAGUCGAACGAGCGGUGGUCAGGCAGCCACGAGCGGAGCCGCAAGGAGGAGGAACCAGCGUGUGGUCGAACUAGAGUCUUCGCCGCAAAAGCCAUCCAGUUCGACGCGACAGAGGACGCUGACCGAGUCGGAUCGCAUCAAGCAAGCGGCCUUGGCUAGGGAUGGCGGUGCAGCUGUCGAUGCUGAACCAGAGCACAUCGGAGGCAAGAGUGACGCGGUGUCAUCCUCAAAGACGCUGGGAAAGGGGAAAGCUGUCGACGUUGGUGUCCAAGAGGAACCAGCCAACAGCGCAGUCGAGCCACAUCACUCGGCAGCAUUAGCAGCACACUCUACUCUUCUCUUCGCCCUGCCUCCAGGAUCCACUCCCUCAGAACCCUCGUCCUCGACGAAACAGCGAUCCCUCAGGAAGCAUCGCAAUCCAGCCGACAGUCGAACCGCAUCCGACCUCUUCGCCAGCUCCACCUCUCCCGCAGCACAGGACACGAGAUCCCACGUAACGAGCAUUCCGCACAACCCCGACGGUGUUGAGUCGAAGAGUUCGUUUGCAGCAGAAGCGAACGGGAACAGCGGGAAAGCAAAGUCGGAUGCGUUGAGGCGCAGGAUUGAGGCGUUGAAGAGCGAGGUCGGGGAUGAUUGGUUGCGGUUGCUGGCGAGAGGCGAGGGGGACGAGAGGAGGGUUUCGGUGGUGCGAACUGAGGCGGAUCAGGAGGGAGAUGCUGCAGAGAAGGACGCGCAGUAA